AUGGCUUCAGCAGCUGCAGCCGCCCUCAAAACGGUGAUUGUACCCCCGGCAGCGGGUGGCAUGCCUAGUGCGACCGUGUUCCUUCUGCAUGGUCUUGGAGAUACGGCUCAAGGCUGGCUUGAUGUAGCACGGAUGCUGGGUCGAGACCAAGCCUUGCAACAUAUUCGCUUCGUGCUGCCCACUGCUCCUGUGCGUCCCAUUACGCUGAAUAUGGGCAUGAAGAUGACUGGCUGGUUUGAUGUUUUUUCGCUCCUGAGCCUGGAUCGUGAGGAAGACGAGGCGGGUCUGCUUGAGAGUGUGAGCGCUGUGCGUUCGCUGAUCCAGCAAGAAGUCGACGGGAGCGCGCCAGGCUUGAAUGGCCAUGCCGUCCCACUGAACCGUAUCGUAGUCGCAGGCUUCAGUCAGGGUGGCGCAGUGUCCCUGCUUCUGGGCGUGACGAACAAGGAGCCCCUCGCCGGUGUCGCGGCCCUUUCGUCAUGGCUGCCCUUGCACAAGAAGGUGGCAUCGAUGCGAAGCAGCACCUCGACGUUCCCUAUCUUCCAGGCACAUGGUACACAAGAUCAGAUUGUUGAUUUCUCCUUCGGCCAAAUGACGCACGACCGGCUUCAGAACGAGCUGGGCUUUGGGUCGAAGGCCGAAUGGCACGAGUACGCGAUGCCGCACUCUGCUUGUCCUGCCGAGAUCCACGACUUGGGCCGAUGGCUUCAGCGUGUCGUGCCUAUCUAG